AUGUCAAAGUUCACCCAGAUGAGCCAGCUAGCGGCACCACCAACAACAGCGCCAUUUCCGCGUUCUGCUUCCGCCGCUGCUGAUGUGGGUGCCGCUACAGACGAGGAGGCUGGCGCGGACUUUGAACUUGACAGCGUGCUGGCCAGAUGCCUCCCAUCUCACCCCUCUCCCGCUCAACCCCCUCCUGCCGCCAUCAUCAGCACCAGCAUCGGCGGCAGCAUUACCAGCAGUCAUGAUAGCAGUGGCCAGCCGACUAAACUCCCCUUCUCGCCCGCCGCCACACAGCACCAGCACCACCUC